AUGGCGAAGACAAAACCUGGAAAGAAAGACCUCGAUUCUUACACUAUUAAGGCCUCCAACAAACUCGUCAGACCUGGAGACUGUGUGUUAAUGCGGCCACCUGACUCUGAUAAGCCCCCAUACGUGGCGAGAGUCGAGAAGAUCGAGGCAGACCAUCGGAACAACGUGAAGGUUCGAGUCCGGUGGUACUAUCGCCCUGAAGAAUCAAUUGGAGGCAGAAGACAGUUCCAUGGAUCGAAAGAGCUGUUCUUGUCGGACCACUAUGAUAUUCAGAGUGCUCACACUAUUGAGGGGAAGUGCAUUGUUCACUCUUUCAAAAACUACACUAAGCUUGAGAAUGUUGGUUCGGAGGACUACUUUUGUCGGUUUGAGUACAAGGCUUCAACUGGAGGGUUCACUCCAGACCGUGUCGCUGUGUAUUGCAAGUGUGAGAUGCCUUAUAACCCGGAUGACCUCAUGGUGCAAUGUGAAGGGUGCAAGGACUGGUUUCAUCCUUCUUGUAUGGGUAUGACCAUAGACGAAGCGAAGAAAUUAGAACUUUUCAUGUGUUUGGACUGUUCAUCAGAUGAUGAUGCCAAACGGUCCUUAAACUCAUUCCCUGUCUCCCCAUCUGGUGAGGCUAAGGUGGGCUUUGCUAAUUCACUAGGUAAUCCUAAUAAUGAGCACUGUGCUGAUUCACAAUCUCAUCCUCAUAAUGAGAACCUGAACAUAGUUGAUCAGUUGAAAUCUGUCAUGUAUAUCUAUUAAAUUGGCACUUUCUGAAGCGUCUUCGUGAGUGUAUAAGAGGUAUGCUGCUGAAUGCUUACUGUGUCUGACUCAUAGUUACCAGAACUAACUAAACCUAUGUUGACUUACGAUUUGGGUAUGUCGAUCCCAAAUGGGGUGGGUUCACGAUUUAGAUCAUCAAAAUAUACAAUCCUAAAUUGUAAUACUAACCAUAAAUCUAUUCAUUUUAGAACAUGUAGCACAAGUAUAAAGGACAUAUUAAUUGACUAUGUGUAUAUGGAUUUAUAAUUAUAAUAGAAAAUUGAGUAUAAAUGUAAGAUGUUCUAACUGACGUAGUGUUUAUGAUGUUCUAUGAUAUUUAAUGUUGUAUAGGAGUGAAAAUGAUUUAAAUAAGAGUUUCAAAACGAAUUACGACCCAAAAUAGUGUACCAGCUAAGCCUAUUCCCAUCAUACCGUAUACCUAAGAACAUGUCGUAUCGUGAACUCGUACCACGUACCAAUGCGACUGAGGAUCCAAGUAACAUUAGUUGGACUACUAAAUAGAAGAAUUCUUCCCUAAUGCACGAUAUAGAAAAUUGGAUUAAUGUUGAGGUAGCAUUAUUAAAAUUAUUUGAUGCAAUUAAGGGCACCUGAAUGAUUAAAGAGAAUGAGGGUAGCAUUUCGAUUGAUGUAUUGUGGGCCUACGAGUUAAUAGUUUCUUUGUGACCCUUAAAUAUAUAUUUGUAAAUGUGACAGGGAGUUUCAUAGUCACUAUUUCCAAUGAUUUCAGUUGCAAUGUGUCUCGUCUAUUGUAGAAGAGGGAUAUACAGCUUGUAACUUGAUGAUAGUUGUCUCUCCUUCACCAUAAGGCUUGCCAGAGGUGCUAAUGGACAGAGUUGCAAAGUGUGUCUCUCUCGCAACUUCUGUUCUUGUGCUAGUUCUGAUUGGUUAUAGUCUUAUGCAUUUUGUUGUUGUACAUAGAGGCUGAUCCAGGAAAAUAGGUUGAGCCAAAGCGCAGAAAGAGAUGACCACUGGUGCUGAUGUAUAAUAGGAGGUACUAAUUUUGUUGCAUAUUAGCUCCAGUAUUGUUGUGUUGUGGAAAUAUACAGUGCAGAGAAGAUACUGUGCCUUCACAAGCCGGAGGCUUUUGUUAAUUGCACAAGUGUCUGUGUGUAAGCUAGACUAGAGGAUGAGUAUGAUAUGUGAUGUCUGUGUGUGACUUCAAUAUUAGCCAUUCUAAAAAAAAUGGAAUUUGUGUUUUAUCUUGAGUGCAGUCUCUGCAAACCAUGUCAAACUAAUUAUUGAGAAAACAGUCAUGAAACAGUGGUGAUUUUCUUUAUUUCUUGUUAACACUGCAUUCUUA